GCUCACACACACACACACACAGGCUCAACUAUGGCGGAAAGGUAGUGGAGACCCACACUCACUAGGUAAUAUCGACAUCGGAUGACAAAUAUCUGACCGAGACAGGAAUCGUAAGUUUAAUUUAUAGUAAAGUUUGCGAGCAAACGUCCUGUUUUCUCGUGCAUAGUCGCUGUUGCGUUCACACGUUUGGAAGCAUCUGGAAGUGAAAAAAACAUGCCAAAUAUCAAGAUUUUCAGCGGCAGCUCCCACCAGGAUCUGUCUCAAAAGAUAGCAGACCGUCUCGGAUUGGAGCUAGGCAAAGUGGUGACCAAAAAGUUUAGUAACCAAGAGACAUGUGUGGAGAUUGGAGAGAGUGUGCGCGGGGAGGAUGUGUACAUAGUCCAGAGCGGCUGUGGCGAAAUAAACGAUAAUCUUAUGGAACUCCUGAUUAUGAUAAAUGCCUGCAAGAUCGCAUCGGCCUGCCGGGUCACAGCCGUCAUCCCCUGCUUUCCUUACGCCCGACAAGAUAAGAAAGACAAGAGUCGAGCACCCAUUUCUGCCAAGCUGGUGGCGAAUAUGCUGUCUGUCUCUGGUGCGGACCACAUCAUAACCAUGGAUCUACAUGCAUCCCAGAUACAGGGUUUUUUUGACAUUCCCGUGGACAAUCUAUAUGCAGAACCUGCUGUCUUGCAGUGGAUAAAGGAGAAUAUUCCAGAAUGGAAGAACUGCACUAUAGUCUCACCUGAUGCUGGAGGAGCCAAAAGGGUGACCUCCAUUGCAGACAGGUUAAAUGUUGACUUUGCCCUUAUUCACAAAGAGAGGAAGAAAGCUAAUGAGGUGGACCGCAUGGUUCUGGUUGGAGACGUGAAAGACCGGGUGGCCAUAUUGGUCGAUGACAUGGCAGACACCUGCGGCACUGUCUGCCAUGCAGUUGAUAAGUUAAUAUCAGCUGGUGCAACUAAAGUUUAUGCCAUCCUCACACAUGGCAUAUUUUCUGGACCGGCCAUUUCACGCAUCAACAACGCUUGUUUUGAGGCUGUAGUCGUGACCAACACCAUUCCUCAGGAGGAGAAGAUGAAACACUGUCCAAAAAUACAGGUUAUUGACAUUUCAAUGAUUCUCGCCGAGGCCAUACGCAGGACCCACAACGGCGAGUCCGUGUCUUAUCUCUUCAGUCACGUUCCUUUGUAAUGUCUUCAGCGCCUGACCUUUCACUGCGACCAAAUGUGGGGGCCCGUCCUCACCUGUGUUCACCUGACCCGAAGAGACACGAGCAGACAUCAACCCUGACAGAAUGUAUUCCCAUAGUUGGGGAUUUUAGCAAGUCUGUUUUUCUUUUCAGAUUUUUGUUGCAAUCUGUGACUGACAGAGUUGGAGGUUAAAGGGGAUAGUUCAUGAAAAUUCUCAUCAUUUACUCGCCCUCGUGCCAACCCAGCGUGACUUUCUUUCUUUCUGCUGAACACAAAUGAAGAUAUUUAGAAGAAUAUCUCAGCUCCGUAGGUCCAUACAAUGCACGUGAAUGGUUGCCAGAACUUUGACGUUUCAAAAAGCACAUAAAGGCAGCAUAAAAGUAAUCCAAACGACUCCAGUGGUUAAAUCAAAGUCUCCAGAUGUGAUAUGAUAGGUGUGGGUGAAAAACAGAUCAAUAUUAAAGUUCUUUUUUACUAUAAAUCUCCACUUUCAAUCAACCGUCCUAAGAGCUCUUCUCUCCUUAGAGUUCUUCUUUUGUUUUGUGGCAAUUCACAUUCUUUGUGCAUUUUGCCACCUAUUGGGAAGGAGAAUUUAAAGUACAAAUAUUGAUCUGUUUCUCGCCCACACCUAUCACAUCGCUUCAGAAUAUAUGGAUUUAACCACUGGAGUUUUAUAGAUUACUUUUAUGCUGCAUUUAUGUGCUUUUGGAGCUUCAAAGUUCUGGCCACCAUUCACUUACAUUGUAUGGACCAACAGAGCCGAGAUAUUCUUCUAAAUAUCUUAAUUUGUGUGCAACAGAAGAAAGAAAGUCACAUCUGGGAUGGCAUGAGGGCGAGUAAAUGAUGAGAGAAUUUUAAUUUUUGGGUGAAUUAUCACGUUAUAUUAGCCAGGCCAAGGACAUGUCACAACCGAAUACAUUUUUUUGCCUUUAUUCUUAAAAAUGAGUGGUCUAUAGAUGACAUAAACCGAUGAAUGUGCAAAUUAGUGGACAAGAUUUAUUCUUGACAUUUUGUUGGCUUGAUAUAAAGCCUGGGGUGUCUGAAGACUUUCUCAAUUUUCUCAUUUUCAUUUUUAGGGGUGUUUUUAAGAACCCUUUGUUAACAUUUCUAUGAAUAAAAAGUAACUCUCGUGGUUACAUUGUUACAUCCUGA